UGGUCCUUUCUCAGCAUCCUCAUCAUCCAUUCGCUUCCCCCUCCGUGAGCUCGGGACCGACAGCGGAGUCAUGGACGACGUCCCCUCGAUCAUCAACAUCUCCAUCGCCCUGCGGAUCCAGCCCAACGAGGGCCCGGUCUUCUUCAAGGUGGACGGGACCCGGUUCGGCCAGAGCCGGACCAUUAAGCUGCUCACGGGCUCCAAGUACAAGAUCGAGGUGGUGAUGAAGCCUGGAAACGUCGAAGCCACCAACAUGAACAUCGGGGGCAUCGUUUUCCCGCUGGAGCAACAGUCCAGGGAUGAGGAUUCGGUGGUUUACUACGGUCAGUACGACACCGAGGGCGUCCCCCACACCAAGAGUGGAGACCGGCAGCCUGUCCAAGUCAGCAUAGAGUUUAACAAGGCGGGCUCGUUUGAGACGGUGUGGCAGGUCAAAUACUACAACUACUACAAGAGGGAGCACUGCCAGUUCGGCAACAAGUUCAGCAGCAUCGACUACGAGUGCAAGCCCAACGAGACGCGGACCCUGAUGUGGAUCAACAAGGAGUCCUUCAACUGACUCCACCCAGCGAGCGCCGAUCGGAGGACCUCAGUCGCACAAGACCGGGACUGCCUUUGAACAUCAGUGUCACAGUAACACACGGCGCCUCCUGAAGGCGGGCGUCCGGUCGGCGGCGGUCUGCUGUUUGUGUUCUUUGCCAUGCUGCUCUGCGUGAGGGCGGGUUUCACCUUUAAAGCUGCAUUCAACAGAGUGAAUUUAGCUUCUCAGCUGCUUUCAGAAGUUCAACACCAAAUGAAAGCAAAAUGACAGCAAACAAUCGGACUGAAAGAGAGGGGCACUCCCUUCCUGUGUGGGUGUCUUCCUUUCAUCAACCUGAACAUGAAUUUCUUCUUGAAAAGUUGCAGCUUUAAAGCAAAGUUAGAGGAACAACCAGACGGUUUGUGAUCCGAAGAAGGUUGAUGCUCGUUUCAAGUCUGUGUGCCCGGUCCAGAUUCAGAGCUGAGCUUCCACUUUCUCCAGGACUCAGACACUCAGUAGUUUGCAGCUGCAAUCACAAUAGUCAUGUUUUAACUGCUGAUCCACGUCUCCUGAAAUUCCCACCAGUUUGUGUUCAGGAGGCACAGACAGGCGUGGGCCUGUUUGCAGCUCAUUUGCUCAGCUGUGAUGGAGCUAGGCCAGCAGGUUCGCCCUGCUCCUAGUCUAGGCUAAACACCUUCUGUACUCGAUGCACAGACUUGAAAGACGUCUCCAUCUUCUCUUCGGUCUCUGGAAAACUCUUCUGACUGUUCCUUUAACACUGAAACCGCUCAGACUGAAGAGCAGCGUGGGAAACACCUGAACUAUUUUAUCUUAUGUGUUACCUGCGUGAAGGUCUGAGAGAAGAGAGGGCAGAUGAGAUGAUGAACAUCACCGUAAAUGUUCUUAAAUUUCUUAUGUCUCAUUUUUUGUGUUAUUUAAAGGAGAAUUCCUCCUUAAACGGUCUGUAUGCUGCAGUUUUCGGUUCAGUCAUUUCCAGCAGCAGAAACGAGUUUCACCGGUCUGAGUGCUGGUCCUUCACAAUAAAAGCUCGAGGGACACUUUCUGGAGCGUCCACGUGGACUAUUUCCAGCGGCGGAGUAAUCCUUUGAGCCUUGAAACCCCUCUGAGGAGGCGAGUGCUUCAGUUUUCUCAUUCAGACUCUGUGCUUUUUCUCGCCGGCUGUAAGUGCUUCACUUUUUGUUUGUGCUGCUGAAUAUUUUUCUGGUUUCUCUCCAAGUGCAUGACUGGAUUCUUUUUUUUUUGCCAAAUACGAUCUGUCUGUUUGUUCCUUUGUUAAGAUGUCUCGAUGCCUGAAACUUGCUGUUUUGUUACGUCUUGAACUGAGGAGUAUAAAGUGUGUCUGUGAAUAAACUGCUAUACAGAACCA